CGCCAGCUGAGUGAAGAAGAAGAAGCGAAGGAAGAAGACUCUUCAAAUCCUGUCAAAAGGCUGAAACGCAUUGCCAGUCAGUGGCUACGUGCUCUCAAAGGGACGGCACAAUGGAGUUUCUUCCCCACACGAGUACGAAGCAGGGGCUUUUCUCUGCGCUUUGCGCCGCUCUCCUCCUCCUCCUCCUCCUCACCAGAGCCACAUCUGCAAACUCCCAGUGUCACAACUACGCGGGAGGACACGUCUAUCCUGGAGAGGCUUUCCGUGUUCCUGUGUCUGACCAUUCCCUGCACCUCAGCAAAGCCAAGAUUUCAAAGCCUGCACCACACUGGGAGGGAACAGCUGUCAUCAAUGGUGAAUUUAAGGAGCUGAAGCUGUCGGACUACAGAGGCAAAUACCUUGUGUUCUUCUUUUACCCCCUGGACUUCACAUUUGUGUGCCCUACUGAGAUCAUUGCAUUCAGCGAUCGUGUGCAUGAGUUUCAAGCCAUCAAUACAGAGGUGGUUGCCUGCUCAGUGGACUCCCAGUUCACCCACCUGGCUUGGAUCAAUACGCCCAGGAAGCAGGGUGGGCUUGGACAAAUGAAAAUCCCUCUGUUGUCUGACCUCACUCACCAGAUUUCAAAGGACUAUGGAGUCUACCUGGAGGACCAAGGGCACACACUGAGGGGACUUUUCAUCAUUGAUGACAAAGGCAUCCUGAGGCAGAUCACCAUGAAUGAUCUUCCAGUAGGAAGAUCUGUGGAUGAGACUCUGCGGCUGGUCCAGGCCUUCCAAUACACUGACAAGCACGGAGAAGUGUGUCCAGCAGGAUGGAAGCCAGGCAGUGACACAAUCAUUCCCGACCCUUCAGGCAAGCUGAAGUACUUUGAUAAAUUGAACUGAUCUGCGUUUGUGUUUUCCCAGUCUGUGAAAUCCACCACUUACUGAAAGUUCAAAUAAAAUGUGUUUUUCUUAAAA